AGCCACGCCCUGACUUUGGCACAUCCGGAAGUGAUUGGCACACACCCUCAGACAAAACUAAAACGCACUUUCGGGCUUUACUAAGGUUCGUGGCUGUGAUGUUGAAAUGAAGAUAGACGAGAAGGUUGUCUCAUUUUUUGAAUCCAGUGACUCGCCAGUGGACAAAGAAGGAUAUCUCUUUAAGAAGGGUGACUUCAGGCCUUCCUACCACAAGCGCUGGUUCAUUCUGAAGGGGAACCUCCUCUUCUACAAGGACCACCCGGAUGACCGUGACCUCAUCGGAGUCAUUGUUCUGGAGGGCUGCACCGUCCAGCUGUGUGAGUCCGAGGAGCAGUUUGCCUUCUCGGUGGUGUGGAGCGAUCCGGGCUUGCGGCCCUACAAGUUCGCCGCUGACGACCAGGCCAGUCAGGAAGGCUGGAUAAAGGCUCUGCUCUCGGCCAACCACAGCUACUUGGCCUUGCUGGUCAUGGACCUGGAGAAGAAGUACAGAGAGACGUUAGAUGCAUUAUUCAAUGACUCCGCCAACGGCGUCGCUACGCCAAACCUCCACGCCACAAAACUGGAUCGUCCGUUGAACCAGCGGUCCUCCACUUGGCAUCGAGCAGCAGCAGCUACUACUACUACUGUGUCCUCGGGCCCGAGUCGGAGUUCCAACCUGACCCUUCAAACCCCAUCUAUUCCCCCCAAAUCAACCAGCAGGAGAUCACCUAAACUUUGGCCCAAGAGGACGGCAAACAUGAAGCCUAUCGAUGGCUCUGCGCCGCCUGGUGGGGAGUGGUUAGUGGUGUGUUCAGGGACGAAGGAGGAUUUCAGCAAAUUGCAUGAAGAUUUUGGAAAGGAAAUAAAGGACCUCAUUGCUGACUGGUCAAGAAGUGUACAAGUCGGCAAAGAAAACUUGAUAGACUUCUGAGUGAACGUGUCCAAUACAUUUUUAUAAAUCUAAUUUCAAUAAUUCAUUCAUUCACAGGGCACAUGUAGACAAACAACCAUUCACACUCACAUUCAUACCUAUGGACAAUUUGGAGUCGCCAAUUAACCUAGCAUGUUUUUGGAAUGUGGGAGGAAACCGGAGUACCCGGAGAAAACCCACGCAUGCACGGGGAGAACAUGCAAACUCCACACAGAGAUAGCCGAGGGUGGAAUUGAACCCUGGUCUGCUAGCUGUGAGUUCUGCGCGCUAACCACUUGAAUGCCAUGCCGCCCUAAUUUCAAUAAUAAUGAAUGCAAUUCUUCAAUGUUUUAUUAUGUAUGUACACAUACCUUGGACAUUAUUAUUAUUUUUUAUAUAUGUAGUUGUUUUUUAAAUACAUGUAUUUAAUAUGUAAUUUUUUUUAACAAAAAUUAUUAAUACCCAUUUUUUGAUGGAGAUGAAAAUGUACUUUUAAGAAUUUUGGGAUUGCUUGUAUAAUGUAUGCACAUGAACGCAACAAUAUGCAAUAACUCCAAUUAAAGUUUUGUAGUACACACAAAAUGUUCUAAAAUAAUAAAAUAUAAUAAAUAAUAAUAAUAUAAAAUAUUUUAAAAUUAUAAAUAAAUUAAUUUUUAUUUAUAGGAUUUUUUUCUGUUUUUUUUUUACAUUUUAUUUUAUUUUGUGAAAGCAAACUCUUCAACCGCUGUAACUGCUAAGUUGUGAAGCCCAACUGCAAAUACAUCACAUGUUACUUUAUCCAUGUAAAUCUGCUUUCAUAUAUUUAAUAUUAAAUUUUUUUUACAAAAAUUAUUAAUACUUAUUUUCUGAUGGAGAUGAAAAUUUACUUUUAAGAAUUUUGGGCUUGCUUGUAUAAUGUAUGCACAUGAAUGCAACAAUAUGCAAUAACUCCAAUUAAAGAUGUGUAGUCCACACAAAAUGUUAUAAAAUAAUAAAAUAUAAUAAUAAUAUAAUAAUAUAAAAUAUUUUAAAAUUAUAAAUAAAUUUAUUUUUAUUUAUAGCAUUUUUUCAGUUUUUUUAAAAAUUUUAUUUCAUUUUGUGAAAGCAAACUCUUCAACCGCUGUAACUGCUAAAUUGUGAAGCCCAACUGCAAAUACAUCACAUGUUACUUUAUCCAUGUAAAUCUGCUUUCAUAUAUUUAAUAUUUGAUUUUUUUUUACAAAAAAAAAAUAUUAAUACCCAUUUUCUGAUGGGGAUGAAAAUGUACUUUUAAGAAUUUUGGGCUUGCUUGUAUAAUGUAUGCACAUGAACGCAACAAUAUGCAAUAACUCCAAUUAAAGAUUUGUAGUCCGCACAAAAUGUUCUAAAAUAAUAAAAUAUAAUAAAUUAUAAUAAUAUAAAAUAUUUUAAAAUGAUAAAUAAAUUUAUUUUUAUUUAUAGCAUUUUUUCUGUUUUUUUAUUUUAUUUUAUUUUGUGAAAGCAAACUCUUCAACCGCUGUAACUGCUAAAUUGUGAAGCCCAACUGCAAAUACAUCACAUGUUACUUUA